GUGCAAAGUCGGCCGUCCACCCGGUGGGCAGCCUGCUUACGCCAGACGCCGACUGGUUAUCGUUCAGACAGCGCCUCUCUCCACACGCCGCAGCCGUGCGAGCGUCCACAGAGAUGGCAGCCUCCCAGCAACAAAACCGGAGCAUCCUCUGCUGGAUCAUCUUAGGAGCCCUCGUGCUAACCCUAAACCUCCACUACGUCCUCCUAGGAGAGAGCAUCGUCGGGGGCCUCUUCAACUCGCCGCUGUUAGAACCGUUGAACGCAGUCUGGCGCCACAAGACGAUCCAAGCUCUACAAAACGAAGGCGUCCCUCCAUCGAAUCACACGGAGGACCUGGGCCACGGCCUGCAAAUUGAUAUCUACGAGCCGGAGCACGAUAGCAGUGAUGCGAGGCCUGCUGCGUUGUAUUUCCACGCCGGGGCCUACGCUCUCGGAUUCAAAGAAUUAGGAGCGGGCACGAUGCGCUUUUUAGCACAUGAAGGUAUUGUUGGUAUCUCUGUCGGGUAUCGGCGGAGUACGAAGAAGGGUUUAGAUGGCUCCGUCGACGACGCGGCCCGGGCGUUGGCUUGGGUCAGGGAACAUGCCUCGGAGAUAGGAGUGGACCCUUCGCGAGUCUUCGCCGUCGGUGAUAGCGCGGGCGGGCACAUUGUGCUCGCGCUGGCUUUAGGGUUGGGGGCGGCAUCGAAGGUGAACCCUCCACAAGCUGUAAUUGCGGGGUGGCCGGCCGUGGGCACCGAACCGAGACACUGGCUCACGUACUGCGCUGACGAAUUUGAUAUGGAAACGUGUAAGGAGUGGGCGGACACGCCUGCUCAAGAGUUGUUGAACGGCACGGCGGCAGGCAACAACGUGUUCCUGCCGCCGGGGAAGCAUCGGGCGACGGAGGAAGGGACCCAUCAAGCCAUCGAAGGCGUUUUGUCGCAGAUCUUCAUGCUGCACGGGAAACGUGCCUACGGAAUGUUGCCGCCUCAAUAUGAUGCUGAGAGGGCGCAGGCACUCUCGCCGCUCGCUAGAGUAGUAGAUGGUUCUGAUGAUGGGAGCUGCGCCGCGCGCGAUGAACCACCACCGGUCAUGAUGUUCGCGGGUCUUAAUGACACGGUCGUGCCCUUCGGUCAAGUGCGGCGCUUCGCCGAGGCCUAUCGAAGGACGGCGCCCGUGUCGCUAUUAGCUUUUAGGGAGGCGGACCACGGCGGCGGCGGGGCGAACACGCAAAGUGGCAGGGACGCCAUCCGCAUUUUCUUGAGGCGGCAUGGUCUGGGAGGCGCGCCGGGCGACUCGCUGCGCGGCGACGAGGCCGUCGAGGCGGCCAAACGGGCCUUCCGCGUGCCGCCUGCGUUUGACUACGAGUUUGCGUACGACGAAGAUGCGCACGCGAACGCGACGGUGUACGUCGACCCGGUUUCUUCCGAGGGCGGGGAGUAAUCUUUUGUAGCUAGCGG